CUUUUCUUAUUUCAUGACAGACAACAAUAUACAUGGGCAUUCUGAUAACACAGCUAGUUCAAGUUGUCCAUACAUAGACGCAUCAAACUCAUGUAAAUCGUCUACUUUAUUAGACACUUCCAAAGCAGUUGGUUCGAUAUCAUUGUCUGAAGAUACAGCUAUUCUAAAACAUGUUUCAGACCAUCAGAAUCGCCGCCCAAGUAUUUAUCCAGAUCACCAUCCACCUUCACAAGCACAGAUAGACAUUGUUCGCUAUACCUGGGAACGCGUGAUUGAAACACAUCUACCCACAGACAGACCCAACGUAUCUCCUUCGCAUGCUUUUGGUUUGGCCUUUUAUGACGCAUUGUUUCAAAUUGACCCAGCAUUAAAACCUCUUUUUACAAACAUUGUUCAACAAGCAAAAGCACUAGCUGGUAUGAUUUCUUAUAUCGUGAGAUCACCUGAAGUCAUAGAUCCAAGACCACCAACACCGUCAGUAACAAACGAAUCCUCUACUAAGAAAAGAGCACGCACCAUUCGUGAGAUAAAUGCAAACAAACGGAAACAAAGCAAUGCAUCUAGCUUUCCUGAACUUAUUUUACAAACUGCCUCCUCUAAAAACUCAGGCAAAACGAACGAUACAGCAGCUAAAGACGACGAGUAUCUGUUGUUAUGCAAACUUCGAGAAUUAGGUGCCCGCCAUUAUCUCUAUGGUGCUAGGACUGAACAUUUUGCGUUAAUUGGGUCUGCAUUAUUAAUUGCUCUGGAAGUGAGGUUAGGAAAAGAGUAUAUACCUGAAGUGGCAGAAGCUUGGAUGCGAGCACAUGCAUUCACAGUUUAUCAUAUGAAAACAGGCUUGCAAUUGCAAAUUGCUUGGGAAGAACAUGAAAAAAGAGGCUCAAGUAGCUUAAGGCUUAAUCAUGUCUCAAUCAAUAGCAAGAAUGCCAAAACAAACUGUUCAAUUCAAUAAAAACUGACUUCCUUCUUGGAGGUGCAUCAAUUGCAUAUUUGACGA